AUGCAAAGGUAUAACAUUUCCAUACCUAAAACUUUGAGAGCCCAUUUUGGCGUUAGCGGCGCACCGGAAAAUCGUAUAUACACGCUUUUCUUAGCGUGGUGGGAAGGGAACCCGGUUAAAGAUUUUGAACGGAAUGGUGCCGAUCUUACCUCAAGCAAGAAAAAAGAGGCGGAGAGUUUAAGGUCUCAAAUAGAUAAAUUAAGUUUGGAAUAUAUCCAAAACCUCAACAAAGACAAUAGUUUCCUUUCCUUCAGUGAAGCAGAGCUUGCUGGGAUGCCGUCACAGUUUAUGAAGAGUCUGGACAAGACUGAAGAAGGAAAGCUAAAGGUUUUUUUGAGAAUCUGUCACGUUUCACCCAUACUUGAGUAUUGCAAGAUAGGAUCUACCAGGAAGUCUGUAGCAGUUGCUUACUGGCAGAGGCGCGGGAGAGAAAAUCUUGAGAUACUGGAAAAUUUGGUGCGUUUGCGCCACAAGUUUGCUCGGGUGCUUGGUUAUUCCAAUUAUGCUGAUUAUGCUAUUGAGCCCAGGAUGGCAAAGUCACCCUCUAAGGUUUUUGAGUUUCUGGAGGAGGUGUCAGACAAUUUAUCAGAUCUGGCUACAACAGAACUUAAUUUUCUGAAAGAACUGAAGUUAAAGGAAGAAGGGGAUACUUUCUUUGGAAUGGAAGAUCUGCUAUACUACAUUAGGAGGGCUGAAGAGCUACAUUUUAAUCUGGAUAUGGCAGAAGUUAGACAAUACUUUCCUGUGAACGUAGUCCUCUCAGGAAUUUUCAAAAUAUUACAGGAUAUAUUUGGAUUGAAAUUUAAGGAAGUUAAAAAUAUUGAGAUUUGGGAUGAAACAGUAAAUCUUUAUGCUGUUCUGGACUUGAGUUCAAAAGAGCUUUUGGGUUAUGUUUACCUUGAUAUGUUCUCCAGGCAAGGUAAAUUUGCUCAUACAUGCGUUUUGUCACUUCAAAAUGGGUGCUCAUCUUCCAAGGGCAUUCAACAGCUUCCUGUUACUUUGCUGAUUUCUCAUUUUCCCAAACAAAUUGAUGAGUGCCCGGCACUACUGCGAUUCUCUGAUGUCAUAAGCCUCUUCCAUGAGUUUAGUCAUGUGGUUCAUCAUAUUUGCAAUCGAGCAACUUUUUCUAGGUUUUCAGGUUUGCAUGUGGAAGGUGAUUUUGUUGAAAUACCCAGCCAUCUUCUUGAAAAUUGGUGCUAUGAGAAUAUCUCUCUUAAACUGAUGUCUGGCUUUCAUAAGGAUAUCACAAAAUCUAUCACGAAUGAGAUGUGCAAAUCAUUGAAAAAGAAGCGUGAUUUGUUUUCUGGUCUGAAAUUGAAGCAAGAAAUUCUUACUUGUCUGUUUGAUCAGAUAAUACACUCCAGUGACAACAUAGACAUAGUAGAGCUACUCAGACAUCUUCAUCCUAAGAUAAUGUUAGGCAUACCCUUGUUGGACGGAACCAACCCUGCCUCCUUUUUACCUCGCUCAGCUAUUUGCUAUGAUGCUACUUGCUAUAGUCAACUUUGGAGUGAGGUUUUUGCUGCAGACAUAUUUGUUACAAAGUUUCAAGAUGAUUUGCUAAACCAGCAUGCAGGCCUACAAUUCAGAAACAAGGUAUUAGCGGCUGGAGGAUCCAAGGAACCUUUGGAUAUUCUAUCAGACUAUCUUGGAAGAAAGCCAUCCAUCCAGUCGUUUAUUCAAAUCAAAGCCAAAAACAGUUUGCCUGUCCCAGAACUGAAAUAAACUGUGAACAACAACAGUUUUUCAAGCAAAUUAUCGACAUGCAUAUACUUUUUUAAAUGCUUAUAAAUAUGAAAUAUUUGUUGCAAACUUCACCUUCAAA